AUGGUGUCUUUCGGCGAGCUGGAGCUGGGGGAGAUGGUCGGAUCGGGGGCGGCGGGGACGGUGUGGAGGGGCUCGUGGCGGGGCGCGGCGGUCGCCGUCAAGGUGAUCAGGAGACCCUUCCACCAAGCGGUGGAGCUCGCCGGCGGCGAUCUGGAGACCUUCAAGAGGGAGGCGUACCUCAUGACCAGGUUGCGUCACCCCAACAUCGUGUUGAUUAUGGGGGUGGCGUUCGCUCCCCCAGGGCACCGGAUCACGCUGGACGGGGACGGGACGGCGUCCAUGUCGGUCAGCAGGAGGAGGGAGCUGGGCUUCGAGGACUUCGGGACUAGUACCCAGGGGAGCCUUUGCAUCGUGACAGAGCUCCUGUCCCGCGGCAGUCUGGAGGACGUCAUCCGAAGAGGAGGGCUGCGUACGGCAAGCUACGGCUUGAUUCUGGACCUGGCUCUCCAGGCGGCGCGCGGGAUGCUCUACUUGCACACACACAACCCAGCGAUCGUGCACCGGGACUUGAAAAGCAGCAACCUUGUCAUCGACGAACACUGGCAUGUCAAGGUCACCGAUUUCGGCAUGUCCCGGUUCGUACCGGGACCAAUGCCUACCGUCGUUUCCUCCUCUGCAGCCGCUGGUCGUGGCGACUACAGCAACGACGACGAAGGCGAGGCGGGGGCCGCCGCCUCCACCGCCACAGGCUCUGGCUCCGCUCACCCCCUUGCUACCCGGCAAGGGGGCGGGGUGGGGACAGGCGGCGCCACUGACGACGCUCCCGAGAACCCUCUCGAAAGGAACCAUGAGAGCGAUCCGCUCACCGGCCAUGCUGCGAGCAUUGAGCUUGACCGCAGCGGUAGGGGCGGUGGCGGGCGGCUAGGUGGCGCUUUGAAUGGUGUCGCUCACUGGGGACGGGGCUCCAGGCCGACCGCGGGGGGGACGCGGGCGGAAGAGCGAGGGCCGGGGCUGACGACCAACCUCGGGACGGUGGCAUGGGCCGCGCCGGAGAUGCUGCGGGGAGGAGAGGGUGGCCGUGCGGAGUAUACGGCCAAGGUAGACGUGUAUUCGUUCGGUGUUGUCAUGUGGGAGCUGUGGGAGCGGCGACGGCCGUUCGAGGACCUCCGGAACCGUUUCGACAUCGCAGACACGGUGGCGACCGGAGGACGACCUCCGAUCGGGCGGGGUUGCCCCCCGCCCUACGCUGACCUGAUUCGACGGUGUUGGCACCAGGAUCCAACGAAACGGCCGUUCUUUCAGGAUGUUGUCGAAGACUUGGAAGCCGAGAUCGAGGCUGCCCAGGCCGUUACAGAGUUGUAGCCGAAGUGCGCACGCGCGCGGCGGUGUCCUGCCCUGCGACGUUUCGCACGUCUUUCAGAUGGCCUCAAGGCUCUGGUUCAUGUGCGGAGCGUAGGGGAAAGCCCAUCAGCUGACCAUCCUUUCCUCAUUGUCAGGGCAUUUGAAGCCAAGGAUGUUGACCGGAUCGUGUUUCGCUCUUGUACAUACUGUACGUCUUUUGCGCCCGGUGACGUGCGUGGCUACUCUAGGACUAUUGCUAAGAGUAUGUGUGUGAGAGAGAGAGAGAGAGAGAGAGAGAAAGUGAGAGAGAGAGAGAGAGGGAGAGAGGGAAUGUUGGCUGCUGAUCCUUGGUCGUGAGAAACGGUCAAUGCAUGCGAGGGAGGGCAUUGGGUGCGGGUGGACGUUGUGUAGGUGCACUCGCCUACCGCGCCCUGGUACUGAUGUCCGCCACGUCGCCCCAUAUGUAGAAUAGCGCACAACGGUUCCGGGGUGCGGAUCAUGGUGGUGUACGAUUUAGUGCCGCCACUGUCCUGUUUUGUGUCGCCUCGAUGGAGCAUCUGCCAGAGCCGGGGACGCUGAGUCCGGUGUCCAUGCGACGGAGUAGACCGGUGCCGAGGCGAUGACAACUUCCCGCAAUAGCGUGUGAUACGAGGCGGGUCUCCCGUCCAACCUUCCAGGAAGUAGAAGAGAGAUGCUCAAGGUGAGGUAUAUUGCUCCCGGGCAAGAUGCGGUUUCUUCGACUAUACCAGGCGAGAUCCCUGUUGGAGGCGAGGAUGACCUCCCGACGAACCCCAGCCCCCGUGAAAGUGCGGCCGUAGUACCGCUUUCUCGCGUACGGGCGAAAGGGGCGUGACUGUUGUUUCCAGCUGCGCGGUGACGUCCGGUCUCCUUGCCUGGGGCACAUACCCGAAGGUCCCAACGGCUUUGCUCCCCGUUGGCGAUGCACUAACUCUACGCGGUCGCGAAGGAAAAACGUCGACGUCGCCAACGAGUGAACUGGUACUCGGAGAGUGAAUGCCCACGCAUGCACGGUACUGGCGCUACAGUAGUGGUGGUGGCGGAAGCUUUCGUGCUAGCGUGCUCGUUGACGUUGAAAGAGUAAGUCGAACCUACGAACCUAUCGCCUUCGUCCCGCGACAAUGUCGUCCAUGUAGGACCCCGCAAGAUAGAGAUGGGCAGUUGAGGGACAAAAUCCGUUGUCGGCGCAGGUGCACCUU